ACAAACCCUUCACUUCUCCCUUCCCAAUUCUUCGCUGCAGAGAGAGAGAGAGAGAUUCAAAGAUGCUUCUCAAAUCAGCUUCUGCUUUCUCGCUCGUGAACGUUCACGGAGUGAAGAAGGACAUCUCUCCUCUCUUCUCCUCGAGAAAAAACCUCUCCUUCUCUGUCCGCGCCUCCACCUUGGAACCACUAAGCGGCGUCGUUUUCGAGCCCUUUGUGGAGGUGAAGAAGGAACUCGAUCUCGUCCCUUCGAGUCCGCAGAUCUCUCUCGCGAGACAUAUGUACUCAACUGAGUGCGAAGCUGCCGUGAAUGAGCAGAUCAAUGUGGAAUACAACGUGUCGUAUGUGUAUCAUGCUCUGUACGCUUAUUUCGACCGUGACAACGUUGCUCUCAAAGGUCUUGCCAAGUUUUUUAAGGAUUCGAGUGUGGAAGAACGUGACCACGCUGAGAUGUUGAUGGAGUAUCAGAACAAACGUGGUGGGAGGGUUAAGCUGCAGCCCAUGGUGAUGCCUCAGUCUGAGUUUGAUCACGCUGAGAAAGGAGAUGCUCUCUAUGCCAUGGAGCUGGCUCUAUCAUUGGAGAAACUGGUCAAUGAAAAGCUCCUAAACGUGCACAGUGUGGCUUCAAAGAAUGAUGAUGUCCAGUUGGCAGAUUUCAUUGAGAGCGUGUUUUUGACCGAACAGGUUGAAGCAAUCAAGAAAAUCUCGGAAUAUGUCUCUCAACUCAGAAGACUCGGCAAAGGACAUGGGACAUGGCAUUUCGAUCAGGAGCUUCUGGAAACUGCUGCUGCUUAAGCUAUUCUUGGCUGUAAUCUCUAAUAAACUGCUGCUGCUGCUUAUUCUUAUGCUUGUUGUACUCUCUUUAAGAACUGGUGUUGCUUAAUCAAUUUUGGCUAAGGGAUAUUUUAAGCGUUUAGUUAUGUUUUACUCUGGCUUAUUCACAAACCUCUUGACUCAAAGUAAUAAGUUCAUUUAGAAAAUAUCUUUACCAUCAAGGUUGUUUAACCUCUUAUCAAUUUUGUGAGAUAGGAUAGCUACCCUCUAUAUUGUGUCCAAAUGAGUGCACUAUCAUUUCCAACAAAAAAAGAAAAGCGAGAAAUGGAUUCAACUUUUUGGACACAACAUAUCGAAUGUGGGCAAAUUUUACACAAUUAAAUGACCCCC